AUGUCCACCCGGUGGACAUUGCCAAGCAGAGAUUUCAUCUGGUGCGUGUUCUGGCUCCUCCGCCUGCCACAGCUCUUCUCCACCUGUGUGGCCUUCUCGCUUGUGGCUGACAUGGGCAUUCGGAGAGGGGCCAUAGGUAACUGGUCCAUGUCCUUCUGGUGCAUCUGUUUCGCCAUGACCUUCAUCAUCUCCAUAGUUGAGUUGUGCUGUCUCUAUAUCAACUUUCCUUUCUUCUGGUACAACAUGUGCAUCACCUAUGCCUGCUGCGCUGCCCUCAUCUGCCUCUCAGCCUCCAUCAUCUACUCCAUCACCUACGUCCAGUUUGUGCCUUAUGGUCCUUUCCGGGACCGGGCCAUCGCUGCCACUGCUUUCUCCUGCAUCGCAUCUGUGCUGUAUGUCAUAGAAGUGUCCGUGAUGUGGGCCUGCUAUAAGCUCAAGGAGAUCUUCUUCUACAAGCACACCUUGCAAGCCCUGCUGAAGGUGCUGGAGAGCUUCGUGGCCGGUGUCAUCUUCGCCUUCCUCAGCAACACCUCCCUGUACCUGCACCAGCCGGCCCUGGAGUGGUGUGUGGCCGUGUACUCCAUCUCCUUCAUCCUGGCAGCUGUGGUCCUCCUGCUGGGCCUGGCUGAAUGGGAAUACAUGCCGCCCAGGACCUUCUCCAUUUUCCAGCUUGUGCUCACCCUGCUCUCCAUCCUCCUCUACAUCAGCGCUCUGGUCCUCUGGCUGCUCUACCAGUUUAAUGAGGAGUUCGGCGGACUGCCUCAGCGGUUCAUGGACAUGAGCUGCACUGAUGAGCUCUCCUACAACAUGUGCACCUGGGACCAGCGACUGGCUGUGGCCAUCCUGACAGCCAUCAACCUGCUGGUUUACAUGGUCGACCUGGUGUUCUGGGCCUCCCAGAUUUUUCUAGGGACUGAGGAUUAG